AUUCCUAUUUUAGUUGUUGAUUUAGUAUAAAGAGUAAUAAAACUAAGGAAGGACGUUAGAGUAAACGAGCCAAAAAUGGGCAUAAAAAGUGAAAUUUUGAUUCAAAUACCUAGAGAACGGAAACAUAUCACAGGAGAGCCUAUACGAGGAAUAGUGAAAUUCCAUCUGGAUAGAGAAAUGGUGUUCAAACAUAUUAGUUUGUCCUUCAUUCAAAAAAGUUACUGUACGUGGGUUGAAAGUGCACGCUGUUACGAAGAACGCUUUGUGUUCCCAGUGCGACAUCGUUUAAAGGUAGGCAAUAUCUACAGAUUUGAUGGCCAAGAAAACAAAGUGCUAGAAAAAAUUGAUUUCUUAGAUAAAGAGACGAAUCAAAAUAUCAAGUUAAAAUUUGGAUCAUACGAGUACCCGUUCGAAAUAUUGAUACCAGAAGAAUUACCGCCAUCAAUAAAAACAGAUAUUGGAAGCAUAAAAUACUAUUUUGUCCUGAAAUUUGAAAAACCUGGACUGUCCAUCUGGAAUAAGACAUUCAAAACAAAAGUCUCCAUCUAUCCGCGUAUUGAUACUUCAUUGGAUGACGAACCCGUUAAUUUCACGAUGGAAAAAGAUAUAACCGAUAAAAAGAUCAGCAUCAAAGGAGAACUGGAAAAGGGAUCCUUUAACUCAACUGACGAAAGAAGAAUAUCAUUUGAAGUUACGAACAACAGUGACGUUACAUUUGAUAUUAAAACAGAACUGGUAAGCAGUACAAAAUAUACAGACACGGACCCAAUCAUCAAUCAUCAUAAAUUACUAGAUCAAAAUUUUGAAGAAACUAAAACAGUAGAAGAAGUAGUUGGAUAUUGUACAAUAAUAACUCCAACAGUACCAGACAAUAGUGUUGCCAACAUGUUCAAUAUUUUACCCCCUAUUUUACCGCCACAACAUUUGACUGUAAGACAUUCUAAGAUCAUAUCAAGAGAGUAUAUGGUGAGAGUGACCUUGAUGUUGCCAAUUCCUUAUGCAAAUGAUUUUAUAGAUAUUCCAGUGUUUAUUGGAGAAGAAGUGGAUGGUACGGAAUACGAUGAAUAAAGUAAUGAUGAGAUCAUUACUCUUAUAGAAGUAGCAAACCGUAUUAGGACACCAUAUCUGAAGAUAGAUCUAAACAAAAUUGAAUAAAUAGUGUUUUAAAAAUGUAUUAUUGAUUGUAUUAAAAUUAAAUAUUAAAGUUUUGAACAUCACACUGUC